CAUGACCUGACUAUGGAUUUCGUCGUUUGACUUUCAGUGUUAUUAUAAUUAUGUGUGGAAAUUUCGUUGUCUGAAAGCAGUAAUUAUACUGAAGAUGAUUAGACUUGCUUCGGGUUCCUUUGGCCCUUAUUGCAGCCAAUGUCUGAAAGCUGCCAGUCUAGGUCAACAGCAGUAUGGAAAUAAAGUCAUAGUUCCUUACAGAACUAUGAUGCAGAGUGCAUAUCGUCCAUGCAUCAUUGGAGCUAAAAGACUGACCGUUUCAUAUUCAACUUUGACCAGAAAUAGAGUGGUACAUUACCGGAGAGCUUGGUUUAUCACUCCAGCAGCAGUCAGGAGUAUGGGAACCGCAAGUAAAGUGAAAUCUAUACUCAAACUGUUUAGAUUACGAUAUAUUGUACUACCGGGUAUCCUCAUUGGAGGGACCAUACUGAAUUCUACAUAUAAUUCCUGGAUGGAGAAGAUUCCUGAUUUCUCAUGGAUGAAGGAUUAUGUACCAGAUGAAGAACGGUUCAAAAACUUCUUAUCGCAAAUGAAAAAGUUCAGCAGUCAUUUCAAACUUCCAGAGAAAGGUUGGCUGAGGAACAGUUUACACAAAGUUGAACGUAUCAAAGAUAGGGUUUCCGAGGGUAGUUUUGUCAGUGGAUGGAAUGCAAUGGCCCCAGAAGGGUCCAACAUUCUUUCGGAUGGCUUUGAUCAGAUGUCUCAGAAAGCUCAUAGUUUAUUCAGUUCAGGAGAGACAGAAAGUGAUGGUGUCACAACUAUGGCAGCAAUGGGUCAUAACCAGAGUGGUUCUCUUAAUGCAGAUAAGGCAUCAGAGAAACAACGACUUGAUAAUGCUAAAGAAGAAUUCCUUGAUGCUCAGUUGAAAUAUCAACGAGAAAUAGAGAGAUUAGAAAGAGAAAAUAAGCAACUAAGGAAGACUUUAUUAAUACGGGGCGACAAGACAGCUGUGAGGAGAAAGGUCAAAAAAUCUCUCAUUGACAUGUAUUCAGAAGUUUUAGAUGAAUUAUCUGAUUUUGAUAGCAGUUAUGAUACACAGGAUCACCUUCCAAGGGUGGUUGUUGUUGGUGAUCAGAGUUCUGGUAAAACUAGUGUACUUGAAAUGAUUGCUCAAGCUAGAAUAUUUCCUAGGGGAUCAGGUGAAAUGAUGACUAGGACACCAGUGAAAGUCACUCUAAGUGAAGGCCCAUACCACGUAGCACAAUUCAAAGACAGUAACAAGGAAUAUGAUUUGUCAAAAGAAUCAGAGUUGCAGUCAUUGAGACAAGAAAUUGAAUUGAGAAUGAAAAAUAGAGUGAAGAAAGGCCAGACUGUCAGCAAUGAUACAAUCUCUCUGAGUGUACGUGGUCCGGGUAUACAGAGAAUGGUAUUAGUGGAUUUACCUGGAAUGAUAUCAACUGUAACAACAGGCAUGGCUGCCGAUACAAGGGAAGCUAUCCACAAUAUGAGUAAAUCGUACAUGAAAAACCCUAAUGCAAUAAUAUUAUGUAUUCAAGAUGGUUCAGUUGAUGCAGAAAGAAGUAUAGUGACAGAUUUGGCAACCACUAUGGACCCAGAAGGAAAAAGGACAAUCUUUGUGCUGACAAAAGUUGACUUGGCUGAGAAAAAUUCUGCUAACCCCAGUCGAAUUAAACAAAUUUUAGAUGGCAAGCUGUUUCCUAUGAAAGCUUUAGGAUAUUUUGCUGUGGUUACUGGCAGAGGAAAUACAAAUGAGAGUAUUGAACAGAUUAAGAAUUAUGAAGAAACAUUUUUUAGAUCAUCAAAACUUUUCAAGACUGGUACAUUAAAACCGAGUCAGAUGACCACGCAGAACCUUAGCUUUGCCGUGUCUGAUUGUUUUUGGAAAAUGGUCCGGGAAUCGGUGGAGCAACAAGCAGACAGUUUUAAAGCACUCAGAUUUAACCUGGAAACUGAGUGGAAGAAUAACUUUCCAAGGAUGAGGGAAUUGGAUAGGGAUGAACUUUUUGAGAAAGCUAAAGGAGAAAUAUUAGAUGAGGUGCUGAGGUUGGGAGAGAUAUCACCAAGACAAUGGGAAUCAGCAAUUUCCAAGAUACUGUGGGAGAGAGUGUCAGGCUAUGUGUUUGAACAGAUUUACCUGCCUGCUGCACAAGCUGAUAGCCCAGGAGUGUUUAAUACUACUGUUGAUAUCAAACUCAAAACAUGGGCUGAACAAAAACUACCAAAGACUAGUGUUGAGGUUGGCUGGGAAACACUCCUAGAUCAAACAUCCAAAAUAAUCGAAGAAGAUAAAAACAGUAAAGAUCAUGACGCUAUAUUUGAUGAUCUUAAUUCUCAAGUUAAACAAGAGAGUGUAAAUAGACAUAAAUGGCAUGAACUUGCUCAUGAUAGUCUGAGGGUGAUUCAGCUGAAUACACUGGAAGAUCGGUCAAUUAGUGACAAGCAACAAUGGGAUAAUGCUGUCCAAUUUAUGAGCAAUAUUCUUACUCAACGUCUGAAGGAAACUGAGGAAUGCAUCUACGAGAUGAUUGGUCCUGGAUGGUCGGAAAGAUGGUUACAUUGGAAGUCUAAAACACCUGAUCAGCAUUGUAGAGCAGAAGCUUGCGUAGAGCUAGAAAAACUUAUUCAAGCUGAUUUAAAACACAGGCCAACUCUUUCCAGUGAUGAAAUCACAACUGUUCGGAAAAACCUACAAACGAAGAAUGUGGAAGUAGACAAUCAAUUGAUUCGUGAAACAUGGCACCAAUUGUACAGAAGACACUUUUUACUUAGAGCGAUACAGCGAGGCAAUGAGUGUAAAAAAGGCUUUUAUUAUUAUCAAAAGGGAUUCACUGAUUCUGGGCUUGAAUGUAAUGAUGUGGUAUUAUUUUGGAGAAUACAAAGAAUGCUACAAGUUACUAGUAAUGCACUCAGACAACAAAUUAUGAAUACAGAAGCCCGAAGACUUGAAAUGGAAGUUAAACAAGUAUUAGAAGAGUACUCUGAAGAAAAAGAUAUUAAAACCAGACUACUGCAGGGAAGAAGAGUAGAAUUAGCAGAAGAACUCAGUAAGAUUCUCACAUUUACUCAGUCAGUGUAUUUACAGGAUUCUGUAUUCUUCAUGUUUCCUCACCAUAUUUGGGCACGAUGUGAUGUCAUAUGUUCCACAGUUGAUACUUUGGCCACCUUAGAAGUGUACCAAGCACAAUCGUAUGAAAGUGUAUACAGCAAUAAUAGCAAUAACUUUAUUACACAACCAAAACCAUCAGGGGGUUUAGCAGCUUUCUGGUUGAGGCAAAUGAUGAUUGCAUGGAGGUUAGGCAGCUUUCUGGAUUGGACAGAUGAUGAUUACAUGGAGUUAGGCAGCAUUCUGGAUGAGGCAGAUGAUGAUUACAUGGAGCAGCUUUGCCCGGAUGAAGCAGAUGAUGAUUGCGUGGAGUUAGACAGCUUCAAGGAUGAGGCAGAUGAUGAUUGCAUUGAGUUAGGCAGCUUCAAGGAUGAGGCAGAUGAUGAUUGCAUGGAGUUAGGCAGCUUCAAGGAUGAGGCAGAUGAUGAUUGCAUGGAGUUAGGCAGCUUCAAGGAUGAGGCAGAAAAUGAUUGCUUGGAGUUAGGAAACUUACAGGAAGAAGGAGAUGAUUGCACUAGCUGUAAUGCUGAAGUUGAGGUACUCCCGAUAGAGGCUUAUAAUGGCAGUGAUGAAAGCUAUGUUGUUGUGAUACUAGCUUUCACAUGGGUGUGGUGA